AUGAAUAAGCAAGUGUGUGAAAAGUUCGAGAAUCUAUGGGAUAAAUUUUCUGAUAAAUUGGACAGUGAUAAUAACUAUAUAUUUCAAAAAGAAAACUUCUUAGAUGGUUAUUGUGGUAGUAAUAGUUGUGAUACUGAUUUCGAAAAAAUUAAUGGUGGAUGUUUAUAUCUUUUUAAUAAAAUAUUUGGGACUUCUGAAUUGUUUAAGUCUGUUGCAAAUAGUAACAUCAAUAUUGUUGAAUACAUUAUGAUAUGGUUAAGUUAUAUGUUAAACCUAAAGGAACAAACAGGAAGUGAUAGCAAUCUACAAUUUUUUUAUAGUACAACUAUAGAUAAUGAUAGAUAUAAAAAUUCUAUAGCUGAUGUUACAGAGUAUAAACAUUAUAAGGAUCUUAUAGAUAAAAAAAAAGAAUUCAUGGAUAUUUCUAGUGAAAAAAUAACUAAACUUUAUGUUUUAUUUAAAAGUUUAUGUAAUAUGUAUACUGGUUUGAAUGAAAAGAAUCCAGAUUGCACGAAAUAUAUAACAACCGCUAAUGAAUUUGUUAAAAAAUAUCAAGAACUUUAUGGAGAUUCUGAUAACACUGGUAGUAGUUUAUAUAGAAAAAUAUUACAUAAUUUAUCAACUGAUUAUAGUAAUUUUAAAAAGAAAUGUAAAAAUAGUUCGUCAUUUCCAUCGAUAGAAGCAACAAACAAUUUUAUACGCACUUCUGAACUAACUUCUACACAAACUUAUGAAGAUACACCAUCAAGUUCGUCGAUAACAACCAGAUUAUUUACAGUUUUAUCGAUAUUUGGUGCAAUAGCAUUUUUUUUAGGAAUUUCUUAUAAGUAUUCGUUAUUUGGAUUUCGGAAACGAUUUAAAAAACAACAAAUAAGAGAAAAAAUAAAAAAUAUAAAGAAGAAAAUGAAUCAAUAA